AUACGUGGAAACUGGAAACACCCCAAGGGCCCACACCUAGAGUCGCAGCUUCGCCAAUGGAGGAUAACAGUUCGUCAACAGAGCGCGAAACCUGAGAUCGAUCUUCGUCUCUGUAGUUUGCGUUACUACACUCUACACCACACCGGACACCUUAGCACAGUUUCUCGAAGGUUUGUUAUAUCCUUCAGUUUUCCGGAUUUGUUUAAGAUCCCUAACGAAAUCUCUCUAUCGCCGGCAAAAUGUACGGUUUCGAGGCGCUCACCUUCAACAUCCAUGGCGGAUACUUGGAGGCGAUUGCGAGGGGACACAGGGCCGGUCUGCUCACCGCCGCCGAUUACAACAACCUCUGCCAGUGCGAAACUCUCGACGACAUUAAGAUGCACCUCUCUGCCACCGAGUACGGCCCUUAUCUCCAAAACGAACCAUCUCCUCUACACACAACUACAAUUGUGGAGAAAUGCACUCUUAAACUUGUGGAGGAAUAUAACCACAUGCUAUGUCAAGCUACAGAGCCCUUGUCAACCUUUUUAGAGUACAUCAGGUAUGGCCACAUGAUUGACAAUGUUGUCCUAAUUGUCACUGGAACAUUGCACGAGAGGGAUGUUCAGGAAUUGCUGGAGAAAUGCCAUCCUUUGGGCAUGUUUGACAGCAUUGCUUCCCUAGCAGUUGCACAAAAUAUGAGGGACCUUUACAGGCUAGUGCUUGUUGACACACCUCUUGCUCCAUACUUCUCUGAGUGCAUUACUUCAGAGGACUUGGAUGACAUGAAUAUUGAGAUUAUGAGGAAUACUCUCUAUAAGGCAUACCUUGAGGAUUUCUACAUAUUUUGCUUGAAACUGGGUGGUGCUACUGCAGAGGUCAUGUCUGGCUUGCUUGCUUUUGAGGCUGACAGAAGAGCAGUCAACAUCACCAUAAACAGCAUUGGUACUGAACUGACUCGGGAAGACCGCAAGAAGUUGUAUUCUAAUUUUGGUUUACUUUAUCCUUAUGGUCAUGAGGAACUUGCUGUGUGUGAAGAUAUAGAUCAGAUUCGUGCUGUCAUGGAAAAGUACCCUCCUUAUCAGUCCAUAUUUGCCAAAUUAUCCUAUGGCGAGAGCCAGAUGCUUGACAAGGCUUUUUACGAGGAAGAAGCCAAACGUCUUUGCUUGGCAUUUGAGCAGCAGUUCCACUACGGCAUAUUUUUCGCAUACGUGAGGCUGAGGGAGCAGGAGAUUAGGAACUUGAUGUGGAUAUCUGAAUGUGUAGCACAGAACCAAAAAUCCAGAGUGCUUGACAGUGUGGUUUUCAUCUUUUAAUUUUGCAGUGUAUGUUAAAAUUCAAUUAUUCUUCUGUUUAGUCUCUUGGGGUGGGGGGUGGGGGAGGCAAGCUUGUAGUGUUUGUAGAUUGGGGAUGUACCCAUGCACCCUGGAUGUUGUAUUGUCAGGCCAAAACCUCCCAUGCUUGGGAGGCUGAUUAGUUGGAGUUGCCAAUCGGCAGUAGAUUAUUGUUCCAUUCUUUAAACUACUUGGCUAAUAAACCCUUGAUUAUAUGAUAGAACAACCAUACGGUCAUCUAUCGUGGUCUUCUUCUUUUAUACUAUUUGACUCAUCAAACAAGUUAAAAUCAAUAACAACUUGCUAUUUCCAAUUACA